GCUUCAAGUUAUCGUGCAUCAUCAUAAAAACUACUACCAAGUCACGACGCGAUGGCCUCGAACGAAGAUAAUACCCCCGCUUGGAUGGCGGCGCAGGAGCAGAUCGACCGCUUUUUCGACCGCGUCGAAAAGCGUCGCGCUUCGGCCGCGUUCAUCCAAGGUCCCCACGCUUGUGGGAAGAGCACCACUAUGCUGGCGCACCUCUUCGCUCAGGCGCAAGAUAAAGCACCGGGUGCCCCCGUAGUCUACAUCCUUCCGAGUCCCGUGGAGGUUACGAUGCUCCUCCCGUAUCUCACGUCAGAGGACUUCAACGAGCAGCUUUCCGUCCCGAUUGCUGACAGCAUCAUUACGGAACCGGCUGAAGACUACUCGGUGCCGGCCGGCAAGCUGUUGAUCACUGAUUACGACCAGUUCCUAAAUUGGUUUCUGAAACGUGACAAAUUUCCGCUGGGCGAUCGAGCCGUCGUCGUGAUCGACCUGCAGACCAACCCGACCUGCGAAGGCGAGAUCCUCCUCGGUCGUAUCUUGGAGUGGGUCUCCUCGUGCCACGAGUCGAAGGAUCCUGCCGCCGCCGUUGUGGCCAUCUCACCAUUUGCAUCCCCCAGAACGGAGGGUAUACUGCACAAGGUCGGUCGCAAGCCGGACGUAAUCCGGAUCCCCGCAGGCCCAGAUCCACCCAUCCAAUUGACUCCUUUGGGAAAGUCUUGGAAGGAAGACGUGGAGAAGAUGGCGUCCCUUAAUACCGCCCCCAUGUCCCCUGAGGACCCGCGAACCAUGUUCGGAGUCGUCUCGAUGCAGGAUUUAUUUUUCCGUAAUCAGGUCGAAACUCUGGACAUGGAUUUGGCCCCCGAAACGGUCUCCGACUAUCUUUCUCACGAGCGCUGUCUAUUAGUGAAAAAUAACUUGGAAUUUUCGUUGCCAUGGAAGGGAUUGCGAGACUUUGUGUCCGAACGCACAAUCCGCGAACUUGGUUUCGACCCCCAACACAACAUAGUCAUGCGGACGAGAGUGAAGACCAAGGUAGAGAUCCUCAGGGAACAAUCCUGGCUUCUCAAAUCUAACGUCCCGCGCAAGGACGUCGUGUUUUAUACGACGUCCACGCUCGACUACCAGAACCUGCCAGACCACGAGCCGUCCGGAACCGCGUACACCGCGGGCAUAUCGUGGACUCUCUUGCAUUUCAUAGAGCAGUGGCCGUCUAAGACGAUCACGUCUAUGCCGGUGAGGAGAGUCCCGAAUGCGGAGGCUACUGUAAAAAUAAUAACGCGGCUCUUGACGCUUGGCUGCGCUGUACCAUCCGGCUUAGGAUGCAGAGUGACCGCCAAAGGAACGGAAAUGCUGCACCUAAUGAAUCGGAUCGAAAGUCUUAAUAAUUUUCAAGUCGCUUUCUUCCUAGCGUCGGCUAGACCUCGCGCAGAGCAGCUUAGGCCUAAUGUGAUGCGAGUCAUCGUUCGGCUGGCAGCUCUUCUGCAGGUAGGCAUAGGUAACAUCUGUCGCAAGGUGGAAAAUGCCAGCCCGCCAAGUCUGGACGAGGUCCAGCAGAUGUGCAGAGGCAUCGGCGCAUCUCUUGUUCACAAAGGAGCCCUAUGGAUUGCCCUCGGCCUGUGGCAGGAGAAAGUACAUACGGGACAAACUGCGUUGCUGGCAUUCAUAACCGACGGCGCCUUCCGGAUGCUCUAUCCAACCCCGUGGCUUAUUCUCAACCCCGCCGCCAUGUAUGAGGUGCAAGGAAUUGUAUCUGCGCUCGAAACAUUCCUCCAAAUAACACCGUUUACCGACGGUGAAGAGCUGAGCGCGACAGGGCUCACGGAAGAAGAAGUCAUCUUUAUCGAACGUGAGCUUCUGUCCGCUUACAGAUACAACAUCGUGGCCCUUCCUAGAGAUACACGAUCACGACCGUUCGACGCCGGGUCUUUUUUAAACCUCAACGUUAGCAAGAGGGAUAUCCUCAACGUCGAGGAGGCUCGGGAAGGGUACCGGGGGGAGGCGGAUAGAUGCUUUGCCAUCUACAGCGGCCUGGCCGUCAGGGGCAAAGAUUAUUUUGCCGAAGAUGUCACCUUGUUGCCCGAUAGCCUCCUUGAAGAUGUAAGGGCGUAUACUGGGGCGGGUAUCACAGGAUCCCAAUAG